AUAUCACUGCUGAUCGAAGAAAUUGCACGAUUACGAACAGCGAUUCAGGCACUUCAAGAGUCACACAACGUACAAAUACAGCGAUUGGAGGAGAGCUUGGAUGCAAAACGACAGCACAUUAUCCGUUUAGAGAAUAGAAUAGGCAAAAGCGAUAAUGAUGAUAUGAAAAAAGAAAAUAGUAUUUUAAGAUCUGUUGAUUUAUCGACAACAACGACUGAUUCGAAACAAUUCCAAGAACUUUUAUUAGAACGUACAAAGGCAUUUGCUGCACAAAAUGAAGUACUGAAAUCAUCAAGCACUGAUGGAACGGCAGUGUCAUCUGUUAAUAAUCUUAAUAAUAACAAUAAUAAAUACAAUAUUAAUAAUAGCUUUCAUGAUAUCCUUACGCCAAUCCAACAACUCAAGAAUAUCAGUAAUAAAUUGAAUAACAAUAAUAAUAUCAAGUUAAAUCAAACCGAAACACGUCCAGCAUCAACGCCAUCGUCACUUUUACCGCCACCCCUUCAAAAUGUUGAGCAAUUCAGCUCGAUGUUGGGCGAAGAAAUUGUUAAUAAUUGGCGACAUUCUUCCUUUAUUGAUUUACCACCACCAUCACCAAUCAGCUCGACCGCUUCCAACGCACCUUCAACACUCUCGAAAUUGACCACAUCGAUGCAAAAUCGAAUGAUUAAUCACUUUCCAAAUUUCGCAGAUUGCUUAAACCAGAAUCAAAAUCACCACACACAAUCUGGUCAGGACGUCGAUAAAAGUAGUCAUCACGACGCAUCAUCGACGGCAAGUACUCCGAACCUUCAAGACGCACGUUCAGAAGAUAAUUUGAAUAGUCGUGGGGGCGUUACAACGCCUAUGUCAUUGCCGCCAAUAUCCAAGAGUCCCUCUGAGGACAAUCAUCCAUUAAUGCACAACGGUUCUGGUCCCUUCAACCCAUUACAGUUCAAUCCAUUUGGUGAACGAGGUAAUAAUCAUUUUAAAUUCGCUGAAGACCUUAAUCUACCUCCUGGUGCAAUGAUAGGACGCUUGGGCGAUUCACUGAUACCUAAAGGUGACCCAAUGGAGGCGCGUCUGCAGGAAAUGCUUCGCUACAACAUGGAUAAAUAUGCAAAUCAAAAUCUCGACACGCUUCACAUUUCGCGACGUGUUCGUGAAUUGUUAUCGGUUCAUAAUAUUGGCCAACGUUUGUUUGCCAAAUAUGUGUUGGGAUUGUCACAAGGAACUGUUUCAGAGCUGUUGUCGAAGCCAAAGCCUUGGGAUAAGUUGACAGAAAAGGGUCGUGAUAGCUAUCGUAAGAUGCAUGCUUGGGCCUGUGAUGAUCAAGCGGUGAUGCUUCUAAAGUCAUUGAUACCGAAGAAAGGUGAGUCAAUCGAUCUCCAUAUUUCAUAUUUUUAA